AUGAACUGUGUUCGUAGCGCGCGCGCAGCAGCCGCAUCCCGAACAGGUUGCAGGGGAGCAAAAAAGGUUAAAGUAUGUUCCCCUGAGGUCGAGAAGGGAAAUCGAGGGGCUAAGGAGGGAAGAGGGGCUAAUGACAGGGGCGGCGCGGCGCCCGCGGCGGCUACCGCGCGCAAAUUGAUGCCUGCGCCCUCUGCCGAACCUUUGCUCCCGGCUAGUGAUGCACUGUAUCGAUAA